AUGACGACAGCACAUAGGCCCACUUGGUAUAAUGCCAUAGGGGGGGAAAACCAGGGGGGCAAUAGAAAAGUUAGCCAAACUGCAAAAGUUUGUAGUAGGGAUUUACCCGGUCAUAUGCAAAUGAAGACAAGAGACUUAAGCGACCAUGUAGAAGAUAAAGAGCUAAUUAAAAACAAUUUAAUCCAACUUGAAAACAGCGGCAAUAAAGUAAACAAUAACAACAGUAGUAGUAGUAACAAGGACAAACUACGAGCAAUUGAAAAUAUUAAGAAGCUAACGAACCAUGAUUACACUAACCUGUAUCCUGAGGAUGAAGAUGACGAAAUUGAGGAGGAAUGGAUAUCACAGAAAAGGAAAAAAAUCAAAAUCAGGAAAAAAUUGAACGAAAGAAUGAAGGGAAAAACUGAAAGUAUGAAUAUGAAAAAAAAUAAUAAUAACGCGAAGGAUAACACAUCGGAUAAAGCAAACGACAACUCGAAUAAUGGCAAUUGCAGUAGCGAUGAAGCAUACGCAGAUAAUGAUUACGAAUCAAAUGAAGAAGAAGAAGACGACGAAGACGAUGAAACGGAUGAAGAGGACGAAGAAGAAAAGGAGCUUAUGAGAGAGCUCGAAAUUUUAAAAAGAGAAAAGAUGGAAAAAUUGAAAAAGGAAAAAGAGGAACAAGAACUGAUGAAAAACAAAAAUAACAACAUACUUACCAACAACCCACUAAUCAAUUUAGAAGACAGUAGCGAAAAUGAAGAAUCCGAAAAAAAUAAAAAAAAAAGAAAGUGGACUGAUGAAGCUAUAUUUAGAAAUACGUGUGAAAAAAAAGAGAAGAAGGUAUCCUUCAUCAAUGACACUGUUCGCACAGCCUUUCACAAAAAAUUUUUAUUUAAAUAUAUUCAUUGA